AUGCUUUUCACGCCCGUCGCAGCUGCAGCUCAUUACCGAUUGGUAAUCGUUGGUGGCGGAACAGGUGGUUGCGCUCUCACGCAUGUUUGCAAGCACUUGGUGAAUAAAGGACAGCUUGCAAUCGUCGAGAAACAUAAGAAAGAAAGGUUGAUGCGAAUUAAGGAGCAUCAUUACCAAGCUGGUUAUACUCUUGUCGGUGGCGGAAUGAAAACCUUGAAAUCAUGUAUACGACCUAUGAAGGAAGUUUUUCAUCGAGACGCCGUUUGGUUGCAAAAUUACGUAUCGGAAUUUCAUCCGAAGACUUCAUCUAUUGUUUUAGAUGAUGGAUUGGAAGUAAAAUAUGAUAUGCUGUUGAUAGCAGUCGGCCUCGAGUUGCGCUAUGACAUGGUAAAAGGAUUGCCAGAAGCAUUCAAUGCGGCGGGUUUAUGCAGCAUUUACUAUAGCGGAUUCGUCGAAAAAACUUAUAAAGAACUUUCAUCAUUCAAAGGUGGCAAUGCAAUUUUUACUUUUCCUAAUACACCUAUCAAAUGUGCGGGCGCGCCGCAAAAAAUUUGUUACUUAGCGGAGGAAAUUUUUCGAAAGCGUGGAGUUCGAGAUAAAACUACAGUUAUGUAUAAUACGUCAUUGGGUGCCAUCUUUGGAGUAAAAAAAUACGCGGAAGCUCUUUUAAAAAUCGUGAAAGAACGAAGUAUUCAACUAAAUACUCGGCGAAAUCUCAGUGAAGUUGACAUCAGUACGAAACAAGCAGUUUUUCAAGUAUUGGAUGAUAAUGCUAAACCAACAGGAAAAGUCGAAUCGUUUGAGUACGAUCUGCUUCAUGUAGCACCACCAUGUUCACCUGUCAAAGCCUUAAGAGAAUGUGCCGAACUCACUGACAAUAAUGGAUGGUUAGAUGUUGAUCAAAAAACGCUUUUAAGUAAAAGAUUCGACAAUAUAUUUGGCGUCGGUGAUUGUAUGAAUACUGCUAAUGCGAAGACUGGGGCUGCUGUUUCCAGCCAGUUGAGAACUCUAAAUGUGAACAUACCAGCAGCUCUGAAAGGAAAACCUCUAAGUGGAGUGUAUGAUGGAUAUGCGUCGUGUCCCCUGAUGGUUACAUCGCGGACUGUGAUAUUAGCUGAAUUUACACCAGAUGGACCAAUGGAAACCUUGCCAAUCAAUCAAGCUAAACCAAGAUAUUCAGCUGCACUCUUGAAACGAUAUUUUCUGCCAAUUUUAUAUUGGCAUUUCUUAGUGAAAGGUUUAUGGUUCGGACCAGCGGUUAUUAGAAAAGUUUUACAUCUUGGAUUUGUUAAAUAA